AGCAACGUUUCUUUUCCUAAUGCUGGAGUGACCAUGGCUGUCCUUAAAGUAAAAUUCACCAAAACAAAGAGAGACAAAUUGGCUCAAAUUCUGUGGCUCCUCAACUGGAUUUCUGUGGUAUCUGGUGCAAUUCUGUUCAGCCUGGGACUCUUCCUGAAGAUAGAAAUCAGGAAGCGCAGCGAGUUGAUGGCCAAAGGGAAUAUUAACUCUGUCCCCAACAUGCUAAUUUCUGUAGGGGUCGUAGCAUGCAUCAUCAACUUUCUUGGUGGUAAAAUCUGCUAUGACUGCACAGACUCCAAUAAAUUUAAUCGAUGGAAGCUGGUUAUGCUCCCUUAUAUUGUAUGCACAUUCUGUUUCACCUUCUGCAUCUUGGUGGGUGCUGUCAUGUGUUAUACCACGAGAAAUGAGUUGGAGGAAUCUCUUUACCUGGGAUUAAGAGAGGCUAUGAAGUUCUACAAAGACACGGACAUCCCUGGAAGGUGCUUUUUAAAGAGAACUAUAGACACAUUACAAAUCAGGUUCCAGUGCUGUGGGAACAAUGGUUUCAGGGAUUGGUUUGAAAUUCAGUGGGUAUCAGUUCGCUACCUGGAUAUGGCUUCAAAGGAUGUUCAAGACCGUCUAAAGAGUAACAUUGAUGGGAAGUUCUUGGUGGAUGGUGUCCCCUUCAGCUGUUGCAAUCCAACCUCGCCUCGACCCUGUAUCCAAUACCAGCUCACCAACAAUACAGCUCACUACAAUUAUGACUUUCUGACAGAAGAGCUUAAUAUUUGGAUGAAAGGAUGCAGGGAAGCCCUCUUGGAUUAUUACACUGACAUCAUGAGAUCCAUUGGCAUCACUGUGCUCAUCGUCUGGUUGUUUGAGCUGUCUGUGCUUACUGGGGUCCGCUAUCUUCAAACAGCAAUGAAGAAUGUACUUCUUCUGGGUGAUCCACACUGUGAUUCAGAUGGGUGGUUACUUGAGAAUAGCUUUGUAGAAACUGCCAAAUACAACAUCAACAUCAUUAAAAAUCUUGGCAAAGCUAAUCAGAUAUCCACAGUUUCAGGAAUGAAUGACCCCAACAUGGAUGUUCUAACUGCAAACCACAGUCCAGAGAAUGUUUCAACAAAAUGCAUCCCCACAGCUUAA